CUUCUCCUCGACUUCCCUUCCCAUCUUCCCCAAUUCUCCUACACAGAUCACAGAAUCAUCACAACUCCAAAUUCUCUCUCUCUCUCUCUCUCUAAUGGAUUUUCAUUACAGUUUCUUCCUUCUCUCAAUUUUAUCGUUUCGCUCCUUACAAGCUACGGCCGAUGGCACUGGCUCGGUCUUCUUUCUCGAUAGCUCAAUUCAUCAGUAUUUUCGGCCUCCCUUGUCGGAUUCCAUCUCUGAGACUGAUUCAAUGUUACUCCCGGAAGUUGGUGCUGCUGUGUCUGUCUUGCUUGGUUUUGCACCACCUGCUACGCUUUCAGCAGCUGGUUCGUCUAGGUUGAAUGAGGUUCUCAUGCCUAAUCCAUUUGAUAGGCCUCGUUCUGUUUUUAUGCUAGAUGUCAGAGAAGCUGAAGUACAUGCAGAUUCUCAAGUCAUGGUGCAAUCAGCCAAUGCUUGGUUUGGUAGUGCCCUUAGGAGCAGGGUUCUUAUGGAAUCAAAUAAAGCUGAUAUUCAACUCCCAGAUGAAGGUGAAGUCUCUGUGGUCUCCUUGAAUGAACCAUUAAGUUUUGGUUCUGGCGUGGAAUUAACUGACAAGGAACUCAGUGAUUUUGCAUCCUGGUUAGGUGGAACGUAUGUUGCUAAUGCCUUGAAGCCCAUGAAUGGAGAGUUGACUAUCCCCUUGGCAAGUGGUGCCCGUCUAAAUCUUCAUAUGUCAAAGAAAGCAGAAAGAGAAUUCAUCACAAGUCUUGUGUCUCUCAUCGGCAAUAUUCGAAUGGCAGUGGAAAUGCAUCAAGAUUUGUCUGGAAGUAUGCGAAAUCCAGCAGAAUUAAUUACAGGAAGUUUUGAUGGCAUUAAGGUUUUGCAAGAGGAGUACAGAACUGAAGGUGUUGCUGAGCAAGGGCAGGAAUUAUUCUUUAUUUCAAUUUCGAAGAUAUUUGACUCUCUGCAGGCAGUGUACAAAGGACAAAUUGUAGGAGUCAUCCUAUGUAAUGGAACACCUCUUCCAGAGUCAGAAACAUUGUUGAAUGUUAUGAUUACUUCUCGGCCCUCUGCACGUUGGCUGGAGGAAACAACUGGCCCACCAAAUUCAACCACUAUUGCAGAAAUAGUGUUGGUUAGAUGGACCCUUGCUUGGAUAACAGGAAUCAUUCUUGUAAUUGCCACUCUCUUAGGGAUUUACUUUCUUAUGAACAUGCCACUCACAAGGGACACUCUUUUGUAUUCUAAUGUCAAGCUCGACUAAGAUUUUACUGGGAAAUAUUUUUCAACCGUGAACUGCCAGAAGCAUUCCAGGUUGCCAUCAAAUCUUAUGCUUAAGUUGUACUCGAUUUUUGGAUAUGCGCCAUUUCCCUUCUAGCUUCUUUCAUUGGUGUAAUUGUGAACCCUCUUUCUGUUUCUUCCAUGAUUUGUGUAGGCUUAUCUUGUCAAACCAGUUGUGUACUCUCUUAGGUUUUAUUGCCUCUCGAUGAAUGGGGAAUCAGAUAGCUAGCAAGAAUUCCUGAAGUGAACUUGAAGCUCUUCAAUUUUAUGUUAUUUAUAUUUUAUUUUAUUUUUAAUGAUGAAUUGGGGGUACUAGGCACUUGGGUGGCCAGGAAAACUAGUGGGGUGGUAAGGUUGUUCUGUGUAUUUGGUGGCUUGAUAUUAGAAAUUUUAUUUUUAUUUGCUAUUUUGUAUCCAAAAUUCUGAAUAAUGAAAACAAAGAAUUUCAAACUUCA